CAUGUUACUUAAGGAUGCAGUUACUGUGUAUUGAUUGUCUACUAAUUACUUUCUUUUUCAAGAUCCUCCUCCAUCUUAUGACUCGGUAUUCACAAUAGCUAGUUCAAGCCAUCUGAGGUCCAACAAAUCUAAUCCCUAUAAAGAUGACAGAAAUAUGUGGGAAAAAGCUCAUGAUUGCUUUGAAAUGUCAGUCCUACAGCAGAUUAUUUGGCUCAUUAUGUUGGCCUUUUCUUUUUCCUAUAUUUUUUACGGUAUUAAAUACAGUGGCCAGUGUUACUGGAUAAAGUUUAAUGAAGACGGUGACAAGGAGGACGAAGAAAAUCUUACAACGUUUAUACGAGCAGAGGGUGGUGUUCUAUGUGCCACCAUUCUAGUGGUCUUUUUGCGGAGGAUUACUGUUUUUCGUGACAAUCGCCGCAAGAAACGUUUAUCCAGACCUGAUAUGGACGGCAAAAAAUUUCUUGGAAGCAUUUUUCUUCUUCUUGGCAUGGGAUUAUAUAUCACUGUUUUCGGUUUAUGUAUUGGUGGAGCUACAAAGAUUUAUAGUUUGUAUGACAAAGACUUUACUAACUACACGUCCGUCUGUCAUCCCGAGUUCUACAACUUUUACUACAAUGCCAAAAUAGGACAGCUAGCUGUGUUAAUGCCAUACGCUGCUUAUAUUUUAGUAGCUAUUGCUAUUUUUUCUUCAGCAGAAAAGCGUUGGUUCCUACAUCAUAAAUGGCGCCAGUGGGUUAGAAUUCUAGAUGCAGAUCAAGAUGGCGUCAUCAGCGCAGACGACAUGGAGAAAACAAACGCUAAACUCGAACAGAUACGCUUAUUUAUAAAUUGCAAAGAUUCAGCACCAUCAGAAGAGGAACAAAAGAAAUGGUGGAACGACCACGUGUUCAAGUGUGGUCCGGGAAAAGAUAUAUGUCUUGAGGAUUACAUAUGCUACUUAGAAGGGUUUGCAGAACCCGACCUAAGGCCGGGCAAAUUUAAGCCAAUAAUAACACAGUUCUUCGAUUUCUUCUCAACAGAAGAAUAUCGGAAGAAAAAUUUGAUUCUAGGAGAGAGAGACUUUGUUAAUUUCUGGACUCUUCUUUUAAACAUCGAUGAGCGUCACUGCAGAAACAUGUUUAUCAAGCAUGUACCUUCACCUUUAACUCUUGCCUCUUUGUUAGAUGAUUUUGUAGCUUUAGUGUCACACGACGAUGUUUUAAAUAAUGACAACUAUAGACUGUUAGCUGUUCUAAAACAAAAACGUAAUGGGUGCUGCAGCAAAGCAUAA